GCCCCCCGACAUGGCCCGGGGUGGCGGUCAGAACUGGAGUUCCGGGGAGUCUGACGGGCAGCCGGAGGAGCGCACGGCAGAGGAGACCGGGGACAAGAUGGUGAAGGAGACCCAGUACUAUGACAUCCUGGGGGUGAAGCCCAGCGCGUCCCCGGAGGAGAUCAAGAAGGCCUACCGGAAGCUGGCGCUCAAGUUCCACCCGGACAAGAACCCGGAUGAGGGCGAGAAGUUCAAGCUCAUAUCCCAGGCCUAUGAAGUGCUUUCAGACCCGAAGAAGAGAGACAUCUAUGACCAAGGCGGCGAGCAGGCCAUCAAGGAAGGAGGCUCGGGCAGCCCCAGCUUCUCUUCGCCCAUGGACAUCUUCGACAUGUUCUUCGGGGGCGGGGGACGGAUGGCUCGAGAGAGGAGAGGCAAGAACGUUGUCCACCAGCUGUCUGUAACUCUCGAAGAUUUGUAUAAUGGAGUCACAAAGAAGUUGGCCCUCCAGAAAAAUGUGAUUUGUGAGAAAUGUGAAGGUGUCGGCGGGAAGAAGGGGUCUGUGGAGAAGUGCCCUCUGUGCAAGGGCCGCGGCAUGCAGAUCCACAUCCAGCAGAUCGGGCCGGGCAUGGUGCAGCAGAUCCAGACCGUGUGCAUCGAGUGCAAGGGCCAGGGCGAGCGCAUCUGCCCCAAGGACCGCUGUGACGGCUGCAGUGGCGCCAAGGUGACCCGAGAGAAGAAGGUUAUCGAGGUGCACGUGGAGAAAGGUAUGAAGGAUGGGCAAAAGAUUCUGUUUCAUGGAGAAGGAGACCAGGAGCCUGAGCUGGAGCCUGGCGAUGUCAUAAUUGUGCUUGAUCAGAAGGAUCAUAGUGUCUUUCAGAGGCGCGGCCACGACUUGAUCAUGAAAAUGAAAAUUCAGCUUUCUGAAGCCCUCUGUGGCUUCAAGAAGACGCUAAAAACGCUGGAUGAUCGAAUCCUCAUGAUCACGUCCAAGUCGGGCGAGGUGAUCCGGCACGGGGACCUGAGGUGUGUGCGCAGCGAAGGGAUGCCCAUCUACAAAGCGGCCCCGGAGAAGGGGACCCUGAUCAUCCAGUUUCUCGUCGUCUUUCCCGAGAAACACUGGCUGCCUCAGGACAAGCUCCCGCAGCUGGAGGCCCUGCUGCCCCCGCGGCAGAAGGUGAGGGUCACGGACGACAUGGACCAGGUGGAGCUGAAGGAGUUCAGCCCCGGCGAGCGGAGCUGGCGGCAGCAGCGGGAGGCCUACGAGGAGGACGAGGACGGGCCGCGGGCCGGGGUGCAGUGCCAGACGGCGUAGUGGCCGCGCGAGCGCCCCGUGUAGCGUCGGCACAGUGAAAACGGCGUCGCCUGGCGGCCUCGUGUCUGGGGUGUCCUGUGUAUGUGUUCAGCCUGCUCAGGUGCUGAGCGUCGUCUUGGCUUUUCUUCUGUUUUUCCUUUGGUUGUCACUUAAGUUAUAGCUUAAUUUAUAUUUAAACGUUUCAAGUGUGAAUCGC